UCCAGCAAACAUAUGUGCUGUGCUUCCAUUAAAAAAUAAAUCAGUGUUUGGACUUCUUCUGUGUUUGCAAAUCAGUUUGUGCGUCAUGACAUCAAAUGCUGUCACGUUUAGGAGAGGAGGUUGGACCCAGGAUGCAGAAGUACCCAGAACGAGUCAAAGGCUGGAGAGGUUUUAAGAAAAACAAUUCCUUUAUUUAAGGAGGAUGUGCCGAAAAGUCCAAAGCACCAAAGAAGACUAACACUCAAAAACUUGAAAACUCAAAAUUAACAAGCUCACACAUGAGCAUGGACUCAGAGACUCGAGAGGGGAAUGAACAACGCAACACAUACAACAAUGACCCAACCAACACUGAAGGACAAGACAGACUUUUAACACAGAGGAAAGCAAUCAGGGGAACAGGUGACAGGUGAAAUCAAUUAACUACAUGGGAAGGGAAAACCAAGCAGAGGGGAAGAUAACAUAACCUAUAAAAACACUAAAUAACUAAACCUAGAAACUAGAAACUAAGGGCAAAGAUAAACAACUAAUGACAAGAGUAGAAAGGGAGACUAACACGUGGGGAAGGACACAAACACUAAAGGGAACUAAUAAAAUGAAAAGCUGAACCUGUAGAAAAAAACUACAGAGGGGUGACUAGGGGAGACCUGAGAAGCUGGGAAACACCAGGAGGCACAUGAGGAGAACGCAGAGGACAAACAGGAGGGGCUGGGGACACAGAACGUGACAAAUGCAUGAAUUAUUCACUCAACGUCAUUUACUGGACAGACGAUUGGUAAUGGGAAAAAAUUAUCCAAAUCGCCCUGCCCUACUCCUGACCUAGAGUCUUUUAUUGAGAUGCUGUGGAUUAAAGUUUUUUUUUCUUUACAAUUUUAUUGAGUUUAGCUGAAUUUGAUCUCUUUUUUUUAUCUGCAAACAAGCUAGGUUUUGAAUACAAACACAGUCAUGGAACACUCACCUCUCCCCAUCGGCUUCCCUGUUUUGCUGGAACCGGGAACCUGCAUUGCCAGUGGAAACAGUGUUUUUGUUUUUGGGACUCUUGUAGUUUGCUCUAAAGUUGAAGUGGUAGCAGUAACCUGUUUCUGCUUCUCUGAUAUUACUGAGCAGAGAGCCUCUCACACCAGUGGUGUUUUGUUUAUUUUUUGCAAAAUAUGCACGUGCAUAACGAAUGGAGGACCCAGGAAAGUGACUGUCUGAGCAAGACAACUGGAUGGUUCAUUGAUUGUUUUAGGUCAGAAAUGUGUUAUUGGCAGAGAUUUCUUGACAAAUGUGAAAGAACCACUUUUUCAUUUUUUUUAAAUCUCCAUAAUAUAUUUAUAGCUUUACUAUAUUAGAACAUUGUUAAGAGGCAUGAAAAAAAUAUUUUAAGCUAAUUUCUUUUCCAAAUUCAUAAAAAAUUUGGAAAACAAAAUUAACUUCAAACAUUUAAACUACAUAAAUGGUGACACAAAUGGGAAAUAAGCAGCAAAAACAGUUGGAUUAAGAUAAAUUCAAGAAAGAAAGAAUCUCUGUAACAGUACAUUACAAAUGAGAAAAUGUUUCUAUUGUUAUAAAUCGUGAAGUAUUUAAUUUUUGAUACACUAAGGCCUAAGAAAACUGAACAACUCAGUCUUGAUUGCGCUGGCAUCAGUGCUGAAUGACAUAUAACAGAAAGCGUCAUCAGUAGUGGGACUCUGCGAUGUCACCAUGUGCGAAGAAAUGGGUCAGACAGAGAAGCCACUCACUUUAGACAAUGAGUUCCUAGUGUCCAUUGUUCUAAAAGCCAUUAUUCUUAUGCAUUAAUAACACAUUUUUCUUUCUCCACAUCCUUGUAAUAAUGGCUGUCAAGUUUUUGUUCUUGAAAGCUUUAAUAUUUGUGGGUGUUUAAGCAUGGGACUGGGGUCUUGGACACUUGGACACUGAUUCUGGGGCAAGAAGAGAAAACCCAAGUCAGCUAAUUUAAUCUCAUCACAGCAGAAUCUAAACUCCCGCUCAACCAUGGCAGACCACAAAGACAACAUAGAUGACUUUAAAGUCCAGACUGCCAAGCACAGCAACAACAACCCAGCCCCUUUACGGCUGUACAGCGAACAUGCUAAAGACCGCACGUCCAAACAGCUGUCAUCCGACUCCAACGGCACCAGUGAAGGAGGCAUGGGCACCUCCACGCCAGUGGAGCUAACCGAUUUGGAAGAGUCAUUCAGACGCUUCGCCAUCCAUGGAGACACGCGCUCUACUGGCAAGGAGAUGCAUGGCAAGAACUGGUCCAAGCUCUGCAAGGACUGUGGUGUGAUUGAUGGAAAGAACAUUACCCUCACUGACGUGGACAUCAUCUUCAGCAAAGUCAAGAAGAAAUCCUGUCGCACCAUCACGUAUGAUGAAUUUAGAGCAGCACUGGGAGAGUUGGCUAGGAAGAAAUAUAAAGACAAGACUGGAGAGGAAGCCGAAGCAGAGGUCUUCAAGCUGAUCGAAGGCAAGGCACCGGUUAUUGCAGGAGUCACAAGAGCUGUUGCCUCUCCGACGGUGAGCCGUCUCACAGACACCAGCAAGUUUACAGGCUCACACAAGGAACGCUUUGACGAAACUGGCCGCGGGAAGGGGAAGGCCGGCCGAGUGGACGUAGUGGACACAUCAGGCUAUGUCUCAGGAUACAAACAUAGAGGGACGUAUGAAAAGAAGGUGAAUAAGCCCAGUGAGGGUAGACCCAUGUAAAGGAAAACAUUCUAUCACGUUAUUUGUAUUUUUAUUAAAUGAGUACUAAGAUCAAAAUUUUUGCAACUUCCCUUCCCAAUGUGAGUGUGAGUGUAUGUGUGUAAGUUUUUGUAAGAAAGGUGUCUUUGAGUUUGUCUUGGUAAGAGAAGUGGAAAACAGUUUAUCUGUUUUUACAAAGUCAUCAUUAGCUGGUACAUUCCUGUCUGAUUGCAAGGGACUGUCAAACAUCUUUUAAAUCGCUCACAGAUUCACUAGUAUGGAAGCCCUGAAAAACCAACAAAAAUUCUGAAGAUAUAUCUAAAAGUAAAUGUAAGGUUUUGGCCCAGACAGAGCCUCUGCCUUGUCACUCACUCAGGAUGUUACCAGAUGUUUGUCAACAGAAGAAAAAACAAGAGUCCAGGAUGUUGCAGAGCUCUGACUUUUUAUCCUUUUUUUUUGAAUGCAAACAAUCCAUGACAUUGGGGCAUGGAUUCCCCUUAACAAGCAAUCAACCAACAAAAACAACAGUGCCAAAUCCACCCUAUUAAAGCUAACUUAGAACCAGCCAUUAUGACAUUGGCAGGGGAAACAAAUAACUUGAAAUCCUACAAUCAAUAAAGUACAUCUCAACAAAAUAUUUCAAACAAUCUAUUUACAUAUUUACCUCCUACCUUAACUCAAAAGAACAAAAACCACAACAACUACACUUAAACAAACACAAGAUCCCCCCCAGUAGAGCUGAUUAAGCACACCAGGAACUGAUCAUGGCUGCCUAUGGGCGCGCUUCCAUGGCAACUCUUAAACAAAUGACCUCAGAAGGAAAGGAGUGAUGAACACCAAUAAAUCAACUUAACUUAAAGUAAUUUAUAGAUUACCAAGCUUAUUUGACCUAAAACACACACAGAAAUACAGGAGUGAACAGAAACAAGAGACAUAACUAUUAGUGAGGAGAUAAAUCCCUCACAUAACACUAAACUGUUUUAAAACUUUGAGCUAUUCCUUCAAAAGUGGGUUUAAGCGACCAUGUGAGUAGAAAUUCUACCAACUUCACCCUGAACAGCAAUAUGUGGCCCUCUGCUGACCAGAAACCGCACUGAACAAUUUUGUUCUGUGAGUAGGUGCCCUAUAGGGGGGGCUUUUAUGUGUUUUACGGCUGUUAGCUGUUAAACUAUAAAUUAGCAUUUUCAGUUUGCAGACCAUCAAUAAAAAGCACAAGAAGUAAAGGUUUAUUUCUGUUGGCAUCAUGGCGGAGCCUGGAAGUAAAAGUAAGUGAGUUAGUCUUUAGAGGUGAAGCAAAGCGCUAAACCAAAGUGAACAUCGGCAUGGCCUACACUCUAGCUUGAAGGAGCUAAAGGAGGCUACAAAAUCAUAGGCUUAUGGUGGCAUGGCUUUGUUACAACUGGACUUGUAAUAAUGUUUUAUUUUCAUCGGUGUGGAUCUUUUUACUUUAUGGCAAAUUUUAAUAUUAGUUGGCUCAUGUUAGAGUUAGCUUGUUUAUGACUUGUUUGUUUACGUCAGUUGUGAUUCCACUUUUGAUCAGUAUGGCAGAUGAGCAGAAAACUGCUUAAUGUAAUUUUAAAUCAUUUUUGAGGUUGAAAGAAAAAAAAAUCUAAAGACUUCAAAUGGGGAGCCUAUGUCUUCCUCCCUUUUAGGUUGGUUCAUGGGUCCCCAGAAGAACGACAAAUAAAUGCAAGUAAAUGGGGCUAAAAGAGCUAUUUUCCAAUCCACUUUGUCUAAAGCCAGGGGUGCCCAAUCCCGGACCUGGAGGGCCGGUAUCAAGCAGGUUUUAGUUUUAACUCAUUAACUGCCAUUGACGACAAAAGUCGUCAUUUUAAAUCCAACUGUUCACUGCAAAUGACAACUUUACUGUGUGGGCAUCAGAACGAGCCCCCCGCACAGUGAGAACAAACAUCCCAGCUCUAAAGCCGAUCUUCAUCUGCAUAUUGUGAAAGAACGGAUAACGCUGUACACCUCAGACUUCCAGUACAAAUCAGAGACCUGUCAUCUACAGAAAUACUCAGAUGACUCUGCAGUUGUCAGGUGUGUCAGAGAUGGACAGGAAGCUGAGUACAGAGAGCUGGUGGAGCGCUUUGUGGCAUGGUGUGGAAACAAUCAUCUGACCUUGAACGUGAACAAAACAAAGGAGAUGAUUUUAGACUUCAGAAGAAACAGGGUGGAGUCAAACACUGUUUCCAUCAUGGGAGAAGAAGUGGAGGUGGUUGAGGAAUACAAAUACCUUGGAGUUCACCUGGACAACAGACUGGACUGGAGAAAGAACAGCGAAGCCGUUUACAAGAAGGGACACAGCAGACUGCACUUCUUGAGGAUGCUUAGGUCCUUCAGUGUCUGUAGCAAGAUGCUGCAGAUCUUCUACAAGUCUGUUGUUGAGAGUGUAAUCUCUUCAGCCAUCGUCUGUUGGGGUAGCAGCAUCAGAAGCAGGGACCUGAAAAGGCUCAACAGCCUAAUAAAAAAGGCUGGUUCUGUUCUGGG